AUCAAAUCCAUAAUACCUAGACGAGCGUGUUAGUUUUCUCGGUCUCUCUCGCGCCGUUACGUGUACUCUCUCGCUUUCUCUCCUCACCUUUCUUUUGCAUUCUUUGUUCGUAUUUGCCAGCUGUUUCUGGCCCUCGCCUUUCAAUACUGCUUACUUCAUCCUAUUUAAUUCGAUACGACGUGAAAAAGCGCGCCGUUUUACCCCGCGAAAUUGUUGGGUUGCAGCGGUACUGAGCGACUGCGCGCCACCAGCCUCCAACAGAAACUUGCCGUGACGACGUGGAGAACCUACCUUUUAAGCGACAGUUGGGAAAGAGCUGAGAAGCGAUUCGAGCCCUUCGCCUUCGGGAGCUGCACAAGUCUCAAUAUGUCUUCCAUAGAUUCCAGCAGUGUCACAAACAGCCAUGCUGCUGAGGCAGAGGCUUCAACGAUAGACCUGCCUACACGGACCAACAGCAGCAAAUCGAGUCUGCCGCCUCCUGGGCAGACCCUCACCGGCAAACAAGAGCAUUAUCUAAAGAGAGAGCUCAUCUCUGAGCAGGUGGGAUGGGAGAUUAACGAGCUCAACUCGCCCACCGCCCUCCGUCGAUUCGGCGCCCCUUUCAAGUCCGACCUGGGCGAGGUGACGCCCUACGACUCCGAGCUCCCAAUCCUCCGCUACAUCUUCGUCCACCAUGUGCGCGAGUUCCCUUUUCUCGACAAGGCCCGCGAGAAGGAGUUCUGGCAGGACAAGCUGCAGGUCUUCCUGGAGUCAUUUGCGAGCAAGAAUAUAUCUUCCUCCGAGGACCGCCUCGAAGAGACUAAGCGUCGGAAGCUGGCCAGGAAGAGCCAGAAGCUCGUGGAGCUUAUGAUGGUCUCGGGCAUCCCCACCUCCUCCGGUUUCGAGGAGAGGAUCCGCUUCUCGGAGAUGGAAGUUGUGGACAGGGACGCUAUCGAUACAGGCGUUCUGCACACCCAGCCAGAGGGUAACUACAUCAAUGGUUGGGAUGUGAACAUGGCCGGUGUGCGCGUUACAAAGGUGAAGGGCAGUAUCAGAUCGCAUAAACAUGCUGAAUUCUUGCUGCGUGUCAAGAGGAAAGGCGAGAACGAGUACUUCGUCGGACGCCGCUAUGGUGAUUUUAACAGACUUCACAAGCAGCUUCGUACCGAGCUACCCGGCAAGGUCCUCCCGCCUUUGCCAAAGAAGAACAAGACGUCGUCGGUGACUGGUGGUAUCUUCAGCGGGGGCGAAGACUCAGAUGUUGACUCCGUCUCAUCAGCCUCGACCCAGCGAACAGGUGCUAUCAACAACAGCGAGGAGACAACAGCGACAAACAAGAGACUCUCAGUCCGUAGUGCCUUCAAUCAUAGGAGGAAUGGAUCUAGCGCUUCGUCACUGAGAGGAUCUCCAAGGCCGUCGAUGGAAGACGGCCCCUUGAGCCCAUUCAACCCGCUCAGCCCUCAAAAGAACAAUAAUGGGGAUGUGGUUCUCUUCCGAGAAGCCCAGCGGAUUUCGUUGAGAGCUUUUCUUCGCUCUCUGUUGCAAAACCCGCAGAUUUCUCAGAGCAAGGCAAUGCAGGACUUCCUGACCCAGAACCCUGUAACUCUGAAGGAUGAAGACUACGGUGAUAUCAUACAGCGCAAGUCUGUUGAUGAGAGGCGCAUGGAAGAGCAAAAGAAAUUCUACGAGAUCGCAAGGCAGCGCGCGGCCGACCUUGAUAUAUACAUGGAGCAGUUCCGCCAAGAAAUCGUGGAUGCCAACGGUCUCACAAAGCUGUUCCAGGAAAUCAAGGAGAAGGAGACCAUCCAAGACCUGUCGAUCCAGUACCAGAAAUUCGCCGAGUGGCUUCGGAUAGAAGUCGCAGCCACGAUCUACCACCUAUUCCUGGCCGAGGAUAAUUCUCCGGAACUGUUCGCGCAGGCAAAGCGCAUCCACUCCCUGAUCCCCUACACGAUCAUCAAAAACAUCAUCCGGGUCGCCAAUCCUGCGGCGGUAAUGUCAAGCCUUCUUGAUGUGUUCCUCGCGCAGCCGUUCGGCACGAAGUCGCUCAUGCAGAGGAUCUUCUCGCUAGCGCUCCACGAUGGUAUCAAAAGCUUCCAGAAGUCUAUUGACGCGGUUGCCGCUAAAGUCGGUGACGAGGUCUUUGUCGCGAAGCUGCAGGCGUACUCUGACGCUGAGGAGCAUGUCAAGAUUGGCAUUCGCGAGGAGGCCGCCAGCGAGGACGUCGACCUGAUUGUGGCGAUCUUGAGAUCGGACCUGCUCGAGCCCAGUCUGACCGGGGAACAGAUCCAGAGGCUCUACAACGCCUACGUCGCCUUCAACAGCGCGGUCGAGAACGUGGACGAGGAGCUGAAGCAGGGUGCGCAGCUGUUCUCGAAUCUGAAGACGCUCGUCAAGCUGCAAACGAGGCAGCGUGAUAAGCAGAUGAUGCUGUCUCUUGUUGAGGAGCCCGUGACGCUGCAGCUGUUCCGGGAUCUGUUCACGAUCUUUUACGAGCCGCUGGUCCGGGUGUACAAGUCAGCCAAUGUCUAUGGUAGUGUCACAGAUUUCGCGGUAUUCAUGGACGACAUGAUACAGGUCGUUGAGAAGUGCCGAGAACAGGACGCCUCGGCGGAUCCAAACCAGACCGUCCAGGCAUUCAUCGACCUGUGCCAGAGGCACGAGCACAACUUUUACAAGUUCGUUCACGAGGUGCAUGUCCAUGACAACGGCCUGUUCACGCAGCUGAUGGAGUGGAUCGAGGACAUCCUCGAAUUCCUGCGCAAGGGCCCCAAGAACGGGGCGCUGGACAUCAACGCGCUGUUCGAGGGUGCUGUCACGACCACAGUGAUUGACAAGGGCUUGGCCACCAAGGAGAUCAAUGACCUGAUCGCGUGGCAGGAGGCCCGGAAGAAGUGGCACCACGACAAGACGCGGCAGAAGAUGGCGGCCGACGGACAAAUGGGAGAUGCCCUGGUGCCUGGCGCCAUGAAUUUCACUAGUGCUGAUUUCGGGCUCGACCAAAUGGACCUGGAGGACAUGGCAUACGAGAGCGAGUCGGACUCGGAGGACGAGGCGGAAGAGGACGAUGACCUGGACCCGAUCGAGGCGGAGCGCCGACGACGAGCGAAGAGGCAGGAUCGACUCCGACGUACUGCGGGCGAGCCGAUCAAGCCGCACGUUGAAGAGGUGCACAAGCUGAAGGAGAACUUCCUGAUCAUGCUCAGGCAGGUUCUAGCAGAGUAGACGUCCUCUCCUCCAAUUAAAAGAAGGGGGGGGGGGGGCGCACUUCUCUGUCUGGUUGGUAGUCUCAGGUGGGAUGAAUUUCGGGUGCAAAGCUGGCGUUCAAGGUACCAAGAGGAGUAUGGAGAACACACAAGACAGUUCUAGUACUUUCACGGGUACAGGCUUGGAUCAGGUCAUUCAGGUUACAUGCCCUUGCAUACAUUAUGGGAGGAGGAUUCUCUGCACCUAAAGGUGUCAUACCUGGUUUGGCUGGUUGAUUGUAUUGAUUUGCGGUAGUGUUUGGGAGCAUAACUCCUCAAUACCUUUCCUUUCUUUCUCCUCGAUCAUGAAGAUGGAAUGGGCAGAACAGUGAAUACAUGAUCUCCCACCU